AUGCAGACGACCAGUAGUGAUGCUACGAACUCCAGCAGCUCGACGUGCCGCUUCUUCCAGUCGUCCCGUGGCUGUUUUCGCGGUGGCUCGUGCGCAUUUCGUCACGAUCUCAGCUUUUGUAUCGGCACGGCACAAGACGCGGUUGAAAAGCACGUGGUGACUCAUGGUGACGCAACCACCAACACGAACAGGAGCAUGAGCAAGUCGAACUUUGUAUCGGAGUCACUGGAUUCACGCGCCUGUCGCUUCUUUGCGUCUUCAAGUGGCUGUCGCAAUGGAACCACUUGUCCAUACGCUCACGGAGCUUCUGAAGGUGCUUUUGGUGCCGUCAGAAGUGAUGAGGGGUUACGAAGACUAAGCCGAACAGUGCAGCAACAACAGCCGCCUUUGCCUCCCGAUUAUUCGGAAGGUAGUAACGUGGAUGGUGACAGUGGAAGUGUGGUCUAUUACAAUUAUCAGUACAAGAAUCAGCAGCAGCAGCACCAGUACAGUGAUCAGCUCCAGCAUUUCCAGCACUUGGACCUUCAUGGGCCGUCAAGUGCUGAUACUGGAGACGAGUACUUGGGAUAUCAUGCCACUGAAUUCGUGAGUGCACGCCAGAAAGGACAGAGGCAUGGAAAAGAUGCACAGAAGACUGAGACGAUCUGUGAGAUCCUGCCGGUGCUUACGAGAGUCAUUCAAGGACCGUUCUUUGCUAUUGAUGUCGAGUGUGUAGCCACGGGCAGCGGCAACGACGACCGAGAUGUUGCGCGAAUUGCAGUAGUGGACGAGGACGAGCAAGUGGUGUUUGAUCAGUAUGUCAAGCCUACAAAACCUGUUGUAAGCUACCUCACACAGCUAACGGGUAUCACGGCGAGAAACCUUGCAGAUGCUCCUGAUCUGAAAGAGGCGCUUGUCCGGCUUAAAAAGGUUUUGCCGGUGGAAAGCGUUAUUGUGGGCCAGUCGAUUAAGAAGGAUUUGGAAUGGCUUAUGCUGAAGAAGCCGACGGAUUACAAGGGCGAAUUUGAUGUGGCUGACCUGUUCCGACUGCCUAUGCAAUCGAUGAAUGGCGUGGUGCGCUACCGCUACUUUUCUCUGCGACAUGUGGCCAAACACUUGCUUGGACACGAAAUUCAGGAGGCGGAUCAUGACCCUGUUAUUGAUGCUCGUUAUGCUAUGAAAGUGUUCAAGAAGUUUCGUUAUCUACAUGAGAGCCCGGAACAGCGCGAUGCGGUGUUGCAAACAUUAUUGAAGACACCGCGCACACCUUCAUUUGCAGAACGGUAUCCGGAAAUCGAUGGUGUUUCGAUGCGUGCGACGUGGAAGCGAAGCCCGUCACCGGUACUUCAAAACGCCAACCGAGUUACUACUGGAUAUGCACAGCGAGCUAGCAACGGAGGAUUCAGCCCUGAAUAUCAUCAGGAACAUGAGCAGAAGCCAUUGUCUCUCUAA